UCGACCUGCAGCUUCCGCUCUCUGGCGUCACACAUGUAGCACAACAUGGCCCCUUCCAGCCGGGAUGUUGUUUUGGUAGCGCUCUCUCUCCUGUACCUCAGCCGGGCCAUCCUGUCCUCCGAGUAUUUCUCCACUCUCACUUUGUUCAACAACGAGCUCCACAAGCAGGGAUGCAGCUCGCUGUCCGAGUGGGAAGAGUACGCGGCGGACUGCGAGUCCUCAAUACUACAGCUGGAUGAUCCGGACUGUGAGGAGGGCAGCAAUCCACCCUGCGAGUCAGUCUUCUCACUUAACGCAGAGAAGAUCCUGAACCAGGCCAAGUUGUUUAUAGAACAGAAAAAAAUCCCCUUCCCCGUAGAUAACCACAACACAAACGAGGAGCUGGCUAUAGGCUAUGUUCUGAUAGCCAACGGUCUGUAUGAUGAAGCCAUCAAACACUUCUCCUUAUUAUUACAGAGUGACCCGGAGCUGGUCAGCGCCAUCUAUGGGAGAGGUAUAGCUUAUGGGAAGAAAAGUUUACAGGACAUAAAGAAUGCUGACUUGGCGUUGUACGAGCUCAACAGAGUCAUCACCCUCGAGCCGAACUGGCCCGAGGUCUACGAGCAGAGAGCAGAGAUCCUGUCUCCUCUCGGUCGUAUCAGUGAGGCUCUGGCUGACCUCACUAAAGCCAUCCAGCUGCAGCCGUCGGCUCGUCUGUACAGACACAGAGGAACGCUGCUCUUCAUCUCAGAGGACUAUGUGGCAGCUAUGGAGGACUUCCAGCAGUCUUUAGAGCUGAAGAAGAAUCAGCCCAUCGCCAUGUUGUACAAAGGCCUCACCUUUUUCCACAGAGGCAUGCUCAAGGAAGCCAUCGAGACGUUCAAAGAGGCUCUGAAGUUAAAGUCUGACUUCAUAGACGCCUAUAAAAGUCUCGGACAGGCCUACAGAGAGCUGGGGGAUUUUGAGUCGGCGAUGGAGAGCUUCCAGAAAGCCCUGAUGCUGAACCAGAAUCACAUCCAGUCGCUCCAGCUCCGAGGGAUGAUGCUGUACCACCACGGCUCGCUGCAGGAGGCCAUAGGCAACUUCAAGAGGUGUCUUCAGCUGGAGCCGUACAACGAGGUGUGUCAGUACAUGAAGGGGUUAAGUCAUGUGGCGAUGGGCCAGUUCUACGAGGGAAUCAAAGCUCAGACUAAAGUCAUGCUGAACGACCCUCUGCUGGGACAGAAAGCCAGCUCGGAAUACCUCAAAGUGAAAUACCUCAGAGAGUACUCUCGUUACCUGCACUCCCACCUCGACAUCCCCGUAGUAGAGUACAACGUGGACCAGGACUUACCGGGGAACUUCAAAAAUCACUGGGCCAAAAACUUGCCAUUUUUAAUCGAAGAUUAUGAAGAGCAGCCCGGCCUGCAGCCUCAUAUCAAAGACGUGCUGCCACAGAACUUUGAAAGCUACAGCAGUGAAGUCCAGAAGUUGAUCUGCACGGCCGACCACCUGGGGGCGCUGAUGCAAUACGACACUCCUGGUUUCUUACCCAACAGAAGGAUACACAGAGCGAUGGGUUUAGCGACCCUGGAGGUGAUGCAGGCCAUGCAUCGAACGUGGAGUAACUCCAAAGUGAGAGUCAACGGCAAGACCAGACAAAUGCAGUGGCGGGAUAUGUUUGACAUAGCGGUUAAAUGGAGAAGGAUCGCCGAUCCAGACCAGCCAGUCCUGUGGUUAGACCAGAUGCCGGCCCGGAGUCUAAGUCGAGGCUUCAACAAUCACAUCAACCUCAUCAGGGGACAGAUUAUCAACAUAAGAUACCUGGCCUACUUCGACAACAUCCUCGACUUCAUCAAAGACAGAAUCCUGGUGUAUCACGGGGCGUACAACCCAAGAGGACUCCUCGAGGUCCGGCAGGCGCUGGAAAAUGUGAAUAAAGUAGAAGAUCUGCUUCCUAUAAUGAAGCAGUUCAACAGUAAAACCAGAGAUGGCUUCACGGUCAACUCCAAGGUGCCGAGCAUGAAGGAUUCUGGGAAAGAGUACGACGGCUUCACCAUCACCAUCACGGGAGACAGGGUGGGGAACAUGUUAUUCUCAGUAGAGACUCAGACGACUGAAGAGCGGACGCAGCAGUACCAGUCGGAGAUCGAGUCCAUCUACAAAGACCUCACGGCCAAAGGAAAAGCUUUAAUGCUCUCCACUGAACUGGGGGAUGCAGAUGCUGUCUGUAACCUGAUCCUCUCCCUGGUUUAUUACUUCUGCAACCUCAUGCCACUCUCCAGAGGAUCGAGUGUGGUGGCUUACUCGGUCGUAAUGGGGGCGCUGAUGGCGAGUGGGAAAGAGGUUAUCGGUAGGAUCCCGAAAGGAAAGUUGGUGGAUUUUGAAGCCAUGACGACACCCAGUCCAGACAACUUCAGUAAAACAGCCAAAAGCUGGAUGACUCUCAAAAGUUUGCCGAGUUGGUAUCAAAAUCUUCCGUCUGUAGCGGAGACGUUCCAAUCGACCAGAACAAUGUUAGAAGUCCUUAACACUGACUCGUCCUCACACUGUCCGAAGAAGUCCUAACACGACUUCUAGACGGGAGAGAGAGGCGUGUUUAAAUAAAAGUCUUAAUAACGGAGCUUCUUCACCCCCGGCUCAACAAAAGGGACUCUGUCUUCUUCUGCACCCCAAACACAACAGGACACAGUUCUCCGUUUGCAUCUUUAGCUUCAAUGUCAAUUUUUUGUUUAACAUAAAGCGGGAAAAACAAAAACAUUAUGGGACACAUUUAGGAAUCAGACUGUGCCUAUAACUUUUGGUCCGUGAUGAAUCUGACGGGAUGUGAAUGCAAAUUAAAAAUAUUGUUUUGAAGUAGAUUUUCCUCCAUGAGGUGGCAGCCAAUUUGGGUUGUUUGAAACCUAAAAUAAAUCUGAUUUUAACAUGAAAUUAGGUCUUAAAAGCCUGUCCUGUUCUCUGUCAUCCUCCCUGACACAUACAUCUAAAUGUUUUAGUUCUUUUAGUACCACUUUAACCCAAUUAUUCUAAAAGUAUACAUGGACAAAAUAGUCUUAAAUAAAAAGUUUAACUUCGGCUUGACUGGCAGUACUUUGCCUCGGACUUAGCACCACAAGACGACAGAAAAGGCUGAAGUAAGUGAUAUUUUUCUAAUGUUGACAUUAUCAUUUGUACUCAAUCGAGCACCACUGUAAACGGUCUGCUUGUUAUUUGAACUAGGAUCCAACUUAAAUGUUUUCUUUUGACCUCAAAAUGCUGCUCAUCUUUCAGCAGCUGCACUGACCUUUUCUUUAAAAAUCGGCUUCUCAAUCACUUUAAAUUGUCUCUAGAAAUGUUGGUGCUUGUUACAUCGUCUCACCUUGAAUUGAUCCCUCGAUUUCCACUCUCUCGUAUUUUUGGGUGGAUGACGGAGGACUGUAGCGUCACAGUUUGGGAUGCAGAAGAAGUGAUUCUUUCCGACCUUUUCUUCCUUUUCUCUGCUUUUUUUUUUUUUAGGCCUCACAUUAAAACACCCGAAGCACAACGUCCAUCUCAUGAACAGUCAGCAUGAACAGUCUUAUGUUGCUUAGUCAUGGUUUACAUUAAAGCUUUGGAUCACUUUAGAUUGGGAAGUUUGUUUUUGUUUUAGCAACCUAAGAAGGGUCUUUAAUUCAACAUUCAAGAGUGCAUUAACCACUGCUACCACACACACACACACACACACACAGUCCAGCCUAUCAGCAGAGAGACAAAAGUUGUGGGAUUUUAAAACUAUGAAACAAAAAAAAACCUUCAGGUCUAUUGAAUUCCACUUAGGAUACUUGAAGCAGUGUUUCAGGCUGCGGUCACAAUCGAGGCUAACGUGAUCUGAAGCAGAGUUUUUUUUUGUGGGCUCCCAUUUGACUCGGAUCAGUAUUUCUUUUAUGACAAUGUGAACAAAACAAAUUCAUGUGGAAGCUGCUCUUUUUUUAAAUCAGGUUGGAGCCACUUUCAUAUGUGUGUAGUCUGAUACAGGCCACAUUUCAAAAAGUCAUGAUAACAGCCAAUCAGAACUGAGCACUGAGGCUCGCAGUGUGAACGCAGCCUUCGAUUUGUUUUCUUGACACUCAGAGAAAAGUGUCUCUUCUCUUACUAAAGGGUGUUGAACCAUUUUGUUUCCUUUUACUGUGACCAACAAAGGAUUGGUUUUAAGGUGGGUUGGCUGCAGGAAAGAGAUUUAGAGCAACAGUCAGAUUUUCAGAGAUCAUCUUGAGACAAAGUUUUGUGUAUGAAGACACCAAGAAAGGACUUUUAUUGUGAAGUCAACUUAUCCCGCCUAGAAAAAAUGAACGGUUAAGUGAUUCGAGCUUCUCCAAUUUUGAAAACUUUUACUUUGAAAAGAAAAACUCCCGCACACUACUCGUGCUCGGUAUCACCAAUUUAUAUAGAUAAUUAACGUUUCGGAUAUUGGACUGAUGUCGCCGGUCCACGCCACUCAUCAAGAAAUAUGGUUGAGCGCUUUAAACAUUCUCAGCUCGUACAGUCACCCUUUGAAGACUAAGCUAUAAGAAGUGUCCACAAAUGAUCAACAUUCAGACGUCCUGAUGUAGAGGGAAAAUAUGUUAAAUUUCUUGCACUUGAGUUUAAACUUUUAAUUUGAAAACCUUACAGAUGUUGCUGCUUCCUGUUUGUAUGUGAAGCAAGCACAAUGCUACAGCUUUAAUACAGCUUUGUGUAGCCUUACAGAUACUGCCAACAACAACAGUAACAUUAUUAGAUAUGAUAUAAAAAGAAUCAGUGUCGGUACAUGUGUAUCGGAUUUGAACUGAAAAAAAGUGGAUAGGUGCAUCUCUAGUUUAAUCCUGUAAGGGAACGUUAACAUCCGUUUAAAAGGCAUAUCUAAUUGAUUUCCUGCUUCGAGUCUUGUGUUUGUUUUGCUUUGGGUCUUUCCUUCAUAUCAAUGAUUGUUCUGGCUGGGAGUUCGUUUCCUGGGUGAUCCUGUCAUUAAAGUGCUCUGGUGGGUGUUAAAAGAAGAAGACGGAGCGCCAUAACGCAUCUUAAAGCUCAAAACUUGAAGGAGGGAAUGUUUUAUCAGAUGAGUGAAUGAAUGUUAAGGAGUCAAUAAAACUGGUUUACAAAUUU